AUGUCUAUUGCCUGCUUACCGUCAGAGGUAUGUUUUUGAUACUUUUCAAUAGUUUGGGAUAGUUUUCAUAUUUAUAAAAGCACCUGAUAAAGCACUGCGUUUGAAGUUAAUUGAAGGAAUGUAUGGGCCCGGUAAGCGGGAAACCGAGGUUUUUGCGGUGGUAAACGUUUUGCCAAAACAUCUUUUUCUGUUUACGGUCGGUUUUUUUGCAGUAGAACUUUAUCUCUGUAAUAUUUUUGAAUACUGAUGAUAAAACUUGACUGUCAGCAUUAUAAUACUGUUUGGUACUACAUCAAACUUUUUUAAAAGCUUAAGCAUAUUAAGAGUUUAGUUGUGGCACAGGGUCAUCCGGCAUUUGACGAUAAUGGAGGAUACUUGUUCGUUGGCUAUGGUGAGCAAGUACUUCUACAAGCUUGUCGAAAUGGAUUUUAAACGGGAAUGUCGCAACCAUGUAGUAUAUCGUUUAAAAGGCGAGACUUGGGCGUAUGCUUUCUCAAAGUAAGUUUCUUAACCAUAGUGUUUAAUUUUGUGUAAAACACUAACUGUUUUACUUUUUAAAUAAAUAAACAAGGGCAUUCAAGUCAAUAUCAUGUUGGCAAACAUAAACGUUGGUUGGAUGUGUCUUAAAAAUGCAUCUAUGUAUCUUAUUGUUGUUAACUAAUAAGUUUUAACUAUGUACCAUCAUUUUAGCCUUGGAUCUCGUUCAUAUAAUACUAUCAUUGCGAAAAUCGAAUUUUACAGAGAUAACGCCAUUUGUUGUCCAUUUACAGGAAAAAUAGCUUUAGCACUUAACGAUGCUUAUGUAUUAUUGACCAAUAUUGACUUUGGUCUCAGCGAAUUUACUAUUCUCGACUUUUCUUCAUACACUAACAAAGUCACAAGAGUUAACAUGAUAAAUCGAGGGACGGAGCUCUUGGUUCAUAGUGUGACCUUUGUAUUGGUGUAUGACUUGGUGUGGAUGCAGGUAAAAAUACCACCCUAUGAUAGCCCACAAAACAAAGGUUAUCAAACAGUACAAUCUGAUACUGUUCUUGAUCUUUACACUAAAAAAGAAUACAAAAUUUGCGCAAAAAAGCCAAACGGUAUAGUAUCGUACCUCAAUAUGUAUGAUAAGUCAAAAUACUUUGCGGUACAUACAAUAGACAACCAACUUGCUAUAUAUGAUGCGGAGACAGGUAAAGGUAGUGUAAUCUGUGCAUGGACCCAUGACCUCAGUGUCUUUGUUAUCAAUGAUAAUGACUCAGUAGUGGUAACGGGUAUGUGUUACUUAUUUUAUUAUUUAUAUUUGAAGCUUGUUGAUUAGGGUUGGACAUUUACCGGUAAAAGGGGUUAAAAAAUUAUUCGUUGUAAUAGGGCUUUGUUAUACAGUGGAACUCCUGUACAACGAAUCGCUCGGGAACUAGAAACUUGUUCGUUAUAAAGGAGUUUCGUUAUACAGGAGUUUUAAACGCACUGUGUAGUGGUAGACGGGGAUUUCAAAAGUUGUUCGUUAUACGGGAUUUUUGUUAUAGAGGAGUUCGUUAUACAGGAGUUCCACUGUAGUUUCUUUUAUUUAAGAAUCAGUGCAGAACUUUUGUCUAUGGAACGUUAAAAAUUGAAUGCUUAGCAACACUUCUAUAAAAUAUUGUUAUAGCUUGUAAAGCUUCACUGUAGUUUAAACAAAACAAUUAUUUAAUUUUAGGGUAUCGAUUUGGAAUUCUUAUAUACAGUAUGAAAAAAAGAAGAAUAGUGUUUUGUAACCCAAACGAUGACGGUUGGUUUAUGUUCAAUUCGAAUGUUCUUAUCCAUAUAUUCAACUCUUCGGUACGCCUUUUAAAAAUUGAAUGCUUAGCAACACUUCCAUAAAAUAUUUUUAUAGCUUGUAAAAUACGCCAAAACAGAAUUUAAAUAUUUUGAAGUCGUAUAGUUUAAAUUAUUUUUAGUUUUUGGUAUACAACAACCAAACAGAGGAUUGGGAAAUAGUACAAUCAGAUCCGUCUCUUCAAUUGAAUAAAAAAUAUUAUUGUUACUGUCAUGGAAGGUUCGUACCUAUGUGCGAUUACAAAGUCAUGACGUCUUACCAAAAUGACGUUUUUAAACGUGUAUAUUUGUAAUUUGAAAAAGGCAAGUUUUACUUGCUUUAUAUUAUGUGUCCCAUAAGUUUCUGUUUUACUUUUUCUCUAGUUUUCCUAAUUGCAUUUUUGCAUAAAUAUAAUUAACAUUAUCAUAAAUUUAUAUGUUUAAUAUUAGGUAGAGUUCGAUUUAAAACCUUCAACGCCGAAAUGAAAAGACAUCUCACAUACCAGGAUUCGUGGGUCGAGGCACGAAACGACAACUAUCCAAUCUGGAAGCUAUCACGAAUGAAGUUUACUGUUCUAGGUGAAGCAUGUAAUUACUUUUCCGAAUGGUCCGCCCAAUUUUGCACUGAAGAAAUAAAAAUUCAAUUAGUUAACGCCUAUUCUGGAUUUACAGUAUAUUACUAAUUUAAAGUUUAAUAUGAUUUUUUAAGUUUACGAUGAUCAAAGAUAAACCUUUUAUAGAAGUAUUGUUUUAAUGCCUUUCGAAUGCAUGUAGAAGGCAAAUCUGUACUUUAAAAAUAUAUUAGAAGGCCCAAAUUGUCAGACGAUCAGCUUUGAAUAAUUUAUUUAAAAAUUCGUCUAAUUUGGGCGUUGCACACGCGUUGUGACUUUCUAUGAUUCUGAUGACAACAUUAUCUGUACCUUAUGAAAUUAUAUUGUAAAGAACACAAUAAACCUAUAUUUAUGUUUUUUUUUAUUUCUGAGUUUAGAAUAAUAUUGGGGAUCACUAUGGCAACACGUUACCUUUAAUUUUUGGAUCGCUUUUGUCUCUAAUACGAAUAUGAAAGGGUCUUUGAAGGAGAUAGUUAACUACUCUUUUGGCCAUAGAUUAUCUAGAAAUGCCACAGCUAUUGGGCGUUUUGAUGAGAACAGCGGAGACACUCUGGUAGCCGGCACAUCUUCGAACAAAGUUAUUCUUCAGAAUUCUGGUAAGUUUUCAGUUUGCAUUUACUUUAAAGCUUGUCAAUCUUACCCACAUCUAUUGUAACUUUUUAUUUAGAAAGAAAAUUAGUUUAAAUUAAAUAACUUAUACAACAAAAUAAACUUAAUUCGUACUUUUAGAAGCUAUAUUCCACGUGAACGAACCAAUAACAUGGAUCGAUGUACUACAUCAACCUUCAAAACAGUAUGGAUUUGUGAGCGAUUUAGUGAUAGUAGGUACAGAAAAGAGUUUGAUUGUAUUUGAUGUCUACAACAACAAGACUAUGUUCCAUCGUGACAUGCCUGAGGGUAUAACGUGUAUCAAGAUAGGGCACUUAGAUGAACAUAAGGAGAACGUUAUCGUAUGUGGGUGUGGAUCUACAAUCUGGGGCAUAGACUUUCAAGGUGAAGAUGUGUUUUGGACAGCUCUAGGAGAUGAUGUCAACUCAAUCGACCUAUGUGAUAUUGACUAUGAUGGCAUGAAUGAGGUAAUGUUUACGUUAUUGUAUGGCUCUUUAGUAAAGAUUGUAGAUAAUUUUAUUUUAAUUUGGUACAAGUACUUAAUGUUACUGUUGUUUCAGCUGAUUGUAGGAAGUAAUGGCACGGAAAUCAAAGUUCUGAAGCAACAGUCGCUUCUCAAGGAUCUGAUAGAAGGAGAUCCUUGUGUGAUGAUCAAGACGAUGGGAGAAGGAACUUUUGCUUUUGGACUUAAUAGUGGUGUCAUCGGAGUCUACAGGAAAUGGGAGAGGCUGUGGAGGAUCAAGACCAAACAUAAGAUUGCAAACCUCCUGAUAUUCCCUACUGUUGCCGGUGAUGACAAGCCAUAUUUGUGUUGUGUUUGGCAGAAUGGAAAGAUUGAUGUCCGAGAUACUGAAAAUGGAGAAAACUAUUUGAAAACACAACUCGACGGUGAGGUGUCGGGCUCUGUAGUUCAACGUCGAGACAACCAGAUGGAUCAACUUCUGGUUACCUAUUUUAAUGGGCGUGGUGAGUCAUUUUAUAAAUUUCUAGUGAUAAUGGUUUCUAAAUAUAGCCAGUUAUAAGUUACACAACAUAGUUUAGUUCGGGGAGUAGAAUUGAAUCCAGACUACGAUGAAGCAGAGGAUGAGAUAGAAGUGCUUCAUGAAUAUGGCCAGAGGAAGCACAAUCUGAUGGAAGAGCUGAAGAACUACGAAGCUGCUGAGAGUGGAGAUCGUAAUCAGAUCGGCAUACCGCUGAAUACUCAGAUGGACUGUGUGUUGGAGUUGACUGAAGAACGAGGGCUACUACUACACGUGCAUGUUACUAAUGAUAUUCCCAUCAAAGCUAUCUUAUUGUUUGCCGAAGGAAUCUUCCACUCAGAAUGCUUCUCUAUGUAGGUCGUUCUUUGCUGUAAAAUGUUUUUAAAAAUUGUGUACUUUAUAAAAGUGACAUACGCUUACAUAACACAGUUAUACAGACACGCCAACGAGGAAACAUCUGACAUGUUCACCAUCAUAAAACCUGUGAAGAACACAGCUACUGACAUCCUGAUGAGAGUAAUUAUUGGAGCACAAGGAAGGUAAUUCUUUCAAAAAAUGUGUAUUUUGAUACUUAAAAGGCAUCUACGGAUCCAACGGUUUAACAUUUAUGUUACAGUACUCAACUACGAGUACUAGAGUUUGAUCAAUCUCUGCCAAAAUUCUCCACUUAUGUGUAUAUGGAGAAAGGAGCUCCAGCACCGGAAGGGUACGUCGAUCUGGAGUUCAGUCUACGACUAGACCUGCUCAACAGAUGGCUGGCUACACACUUUUUGAUCAACGAAGGGAUGGUUUUGGGUAUGAACGACGAACAAAACUGGAAGGUGUCGUUCCGAUGUUGUUACUCGAAGGAAGUUUUGCAGAUUGAAGUUAUUGAAGGAAGAGUAAGUUAAAUUUUUUAUUCCUUAUUUAAAAUUGUAAAAUAAUAGAAGGGCCGUGCAAAAUACAUUGGAUCAGCCAAAAAUUGCAAUUACUUAUCUUCGUCUCUUCAUUUUCUGUGUUCUUCCUUUUCCGGCUGCCGUCGUCCAAUCUCUCCACGGCUCUUAUACCUUUAAGACUAUAACAAUGCGCAUAAAUUUUAUAAAAAGUUUAGUUGUUUGUCAGACACAACUUUAUCGAAGUGGUCGGAGAAGUUGUACAGUCAAUAGUACAGUCCAUGGAAGUGAAACAGAUGAGUAGCAGAGCCUUCUUUCCAAAGUAUCAAGAACAACUUGUUGAGCUCAUUGCUUCGGUAAGUUGUGAAAUUUAACUUUGUGGGAUCUAGUUUUUAAUAUGUUAAGUAAUGUUUAAAACACAUAAAAAUUUGGUAUUAUUUAUUGCAACUUUAACGCUGAUGAAGUUAUGUAUUACUUUGCAGAUGGAAGACCGCUACACCACGAACGACAAGUUGAUGGCCGAAUGGACAGAACGACUCAACUUUAUUCGGGAAACCGUAGUCCGUGCUGAAGAUGCUUUGGUAACUGAUCAGACCAGCAAAGCCAGGAAACUGUAUGUUAGAGUAGCCAUGUUGAAUAGAGAGUGUGUAGCUCAGCGUCAGAUUUUGAUGGCUUCAGUAGAGUCGUUGGUUACAUCGCUAAAGAAACUGAACCUGCUUAUCAAACAGAACUCUCAACUUAAAAGUAUGUUUUCCUUUAGUAGAGACUAUUGCACAACAUUGUGUUUGGUACUACAUCAUCUUAAAAAUCGAAAUUUAGUUGGAGAAGAUGCUCAUGAACUAGUCAAAGAGUGCAGGAAGCUACUGGCCGCCGAAAACUUUGCAGCUCUAGGAAAACGGUUACAAGUGUCAGGAAACUAG